UGGAGUCAAAAGCGCCGCUUUAGGGGUGAUGGACCAACCCGGAGCGUGCUGGCCCCAGUGACCCCUCGCCAAACCCACCUCGCACACAUUGCGUCUCCGCACCUCUCAUCAACACACCCCUUCAAACUCACGUUUUGCAGCAGUACUUGAUAGUUUUGUUCAGUUUUCUAGGUGCUAGUUGUGCAGUUGUGAAUUAGGGUUGUGGGUGCGGGAGAGACAGCGUUGAGCAGGCUUGGAAGCGAAGGUUGAUAGCCAUGCAGGCCACGCAGUUGUUGCUGGAGGAGCCAAUCAGGCUGGCCUCCAUUCUGGAACCGUCGUCGCCCACGGCGUUCUCUGCAUUGACGAAGAUUAUCGGCACGCUAGGUCCGCAGUCGCGCGAUGUGGAGACUAUUGAGGCUCUGCUGAAGGCUGGGAUGACUGUAGCCCGGUUCGAUUUCUCCUGGGGGGAUGAUGCGUACCACCAGGAGACGCUGGAGAAUCUGAAGAAGGCUGUGAAGAACACGCGCCGGCUGUGUGCCGUGAUGCUCGACACCGUUGGGCCGGAGCUUUGCGUGUUGAACAGUGAUGAGGGUGUGAUUGAACUUGUGGAGGGGGCUAGUGUGUUGCUGGCGGCAGAUAGGACUGUGAAGGCCUCCGCGACCGUUUUGCCAUUGAAUUACGAUGGGCUGGCGUCCGCGGUCAAGAAGGGGGACACCAUCUUCGUGGGGCAGUAUUUGUUCACGGGGAGCGAGACGACGUCCGUGUGGUUGGAGGUCGUGGAAACCAAGGGUAAGGAUGUGGUGUGUACUGUGAAGAACACGGCCACUCUGGCUGGAAACAUGUUCACAGCUCAUGUGUCGCAGGUACGCAUCGACUUGCCCACUCUCAGCGAGGCCGAUUUGAAGACCAUGGCCACUUGGGGCGUGAAGAACCAGAUUGAUUUCGUGUCGUUGUCGUACACCCGGCACGCUGACGACGUGCGCGCUUGCCGCGAGCACUUGAGCAAGCUUGGGGAUCUCCGCCAGACGCAGAUCUUCGCGAAGAUUGAGAAUUACGAAGGUUUGGCGCAUUUCGACGACAUCCUGAAGGAAGCCGAUGGUAUCAUUUUGUCCCGCGGCAACUUGGGGAUUGAUCUACCGCCUGAAAAGGUGUUUUUGUUCCAGAAGGUGGCGCUGCAGAAGUGCAAUGCUGCAGGCAAAGCAUCCAUUGUGACGCGUGUGGUGGAUUCCAUGGUGGACAGUCCCCGCCCUACUCGAGCUGAAGCUACGGAUGUGGCCAAUGCCGUGCUGGACGGGACUGACGGCAUCAUGCUGGGGGCGGAGACUUUGAGAGGGCUGUACCCCGAGGAGAGCAUUUCCACCGUCCACAAGAUUUGUGCGGAGGCGGAAAAGGUAUUCAACCAGGCAGUGUACUUCAAGAGAACCAUCAAAGGCGUGAAGGAGCCCAUGCAGCAUCUGGAAUCGAUUGCGUCGUCUGCUGUGCGAGCUGCGACGAAAGUUAGGGCUUCUGUGAUCGUGGUGUUCACCUCCUCAGGACGUUGUGCACGUCUGAUUGCCAAAUACCGUCCCACGAUGCCCGUGCUGUGCGUUGUGAUUCCCAGACUCACCACCAACCAUUUGAAGUGGAGCUUUACAGGCGCGUUCCAGGCUCGACAAUGCCUGGCGGUUCGAGGCUUGUUCCCAAUGUUGGCCGACCCCCGCCACUCAUCCGAUUCCGCCAGCACAACGAAUGAGUCCAUUUUGAAGGUAGCGCUGGACCACGGCAAGGCUGCAGGCAUUGUCAAGGCCCAUGAUAGAAUUGUUGUAUGCCAGAAAGUUGGAGACUCGUCAGUGGUGAAAAUCAUUGAGCUAGAUUGAGUAGCUCUGUAAUGUCGCAUGGGAUGCCUAUUUUGUAAACUUUCCAAUAUUUUUUGACGGAAAUUAUUAGGAUAAGUUGCAGUGUCGAUCCAUAUGCUUCUUUUGCACCUAAUUCGUGUUGAAAUGUACCCAUGCAUUCCUCGAGAAUGCAGACUUGAUGGUGAGUGAUAAGUGAACCUCGAGAUAUUUGGGGAAGCCGGACCAGUGCACUGCAUGCGGGUCCAUUUUCAGUUGUGCCAGGCGAUGAUCUGGUUGCAAGUAAGAACACUUAUUUAAAGAUUCGAGGGCCUCA